GUGUGAUGUGAUGCAGGUGGCCUUAAAGGAGACACCCUGAUUGAUAUUGGAAGUGGGGCCUCCAUCUACCAGCUCCUCUCGGCCUGUGAGUCCUUCCGAGAGAUCAUCGCCACAGAUUAUGCCAACCAGAACCGGGAGGAGAUGCAGCGGUGGCUGAAGAAAGAGCCAGGAGCUUUCGACUGGAGCCCAGUGGUGAAAUACGUCUGUGAGCUGGAAGGGGACAGGGAAAACUGGGCCCAAAAGGAGGAGAAGGUACGAAGAACCGUCAAGCAAUUCCUGAAGUGCGAUGUGAUCCAGCCCAACCCUCUGGCCCCGCUCCAUCUCCCACCAGCCGACUGCCUGCUCUCCACUUUGUGCCUAGAUGUGGCUUGCAAAGACCUGCCCACCUUCCGCAACGCCCUGAAGAACAUCAGCUCCCUUGUGAAACCUGGAGGGCAUCUCAUCUUUUUGGUCACCCUGGAAGGAACAUUCUACAUAGUUGGCCAGCACCAGUUCUCCCGCCUCUACCUGGACCAGGAAUCUGUAGAAGAAGCUGUGAAAGAGGCUGGCUUUGAUAUUGAGUGGCUGGAAGUGACCAGAUUACAUGUCCCAAAGGCAUUGCAUGAUGUUAACGGGGCCUGUUUUCUGGUUGCACGGAAACGCUGA